AUGGUGAGCGAUCUACGUCUUGUGGUGCUCGUGCUCUUGAUCGUGUCGGGACUGGGGAUCGGGAUGGAACUCCAUUCCAAGCUUCCGGAGGUCGAUGAAGCUUCAAUCCCGGGGAUUUUGCAGGCGCAUCACCCGAUUCUCGAGCUGGAAGAGCAGCGCCUCGAUAUUUCGUCCCGUGACAGGGCAAGUUCUCCACUUCUAUCUCGCUUCUUCUUCCAUCUUGUUUCUGACGAGAAUUCCAGAAUUCUAGCAACGGUGAAGAAGAAGUCAGUGCCUCCGAAGAACGAAAAUUCUGGCAACGGUCAAGAAGCGAGUGAAGAAGUCAGUGCCUCCACACAGCUAGCGGAAGAACGAAGUGUUCCUCUCGCCAAACGAAGUGUUCCUCUUGCUAGCGCUACUCGAGACGAGCAUAUGAGGACUGAGUUCCUGGCAAGCGAGAAUCAAGACGACGAGAACAGGCACAAGCUCAAUCGCAAACAACAUCACAACUAUGCCGCAGCCUCACUCGGUGCAAAAGUUCUGGGCGUAAACAAGGAAGGCAAGGGUGGUGGCAACAUUCUCAUCAAGGACAACGACAAGUACUUUCGAAACCCAUGCGGCGCCAAGGACAAGUUCGUGAUUGUGGAGCUGGCUGAAGAAAUUCUGGUGGAAACAUUUGUCAUCGCCAACUACGAGCUCUACUCGUCCAAUCCAAGGGAGCUGGAGCUUCUCGGAAGCCUGAGUUAUCCUUCGUCAGGGUGGAAACUCUUGGGGAAGUUCGAGGCGAAGAACGUCAGGCAGCCUCAGAGGUUUAUUCUAGCGAAGCAGGAGUGGGCGAGGUACCUCAAGCUCAGGAUGUUGUCACAUUAUGGGACGGAGUUCUAUUGCACGCUUAGCUCCGUGGAGGUGUUUGGAGUCGCAAUCGGGCGCAUGCUUGAAGACUUGAUUGGCAGUUCGCCAGGGGAUUCCAGCAGUGUUUCCACCACGUCGGUCAACAAGUUCCUCAUCGAACAGCUGAAGCAACUAGAAAGCGAGCAGAAAACUUUCGAAGAGUACGUGGAGGUUUCGAACUCCCAGAACACUGCUGCUGUCAAUGACUACCAAGAGGAGCUCACCAACGUGAUGGAGCAGCUUAAGAGUCUUAACGACUCUGUGCAAGAGCAACACCGUCUUGUGAAGGAGAUGUAUUCCGAAUCCAUGGAGGGACUGAGUCUAUGUAGGAAGGAAGUAGAUCGCAUAGCAAAUGGACAGGUGCACUCGCUCAUGUUGACGUUGGUGGCGAUGCUUGUGGUUGUAUCCAAGCUACGAAUCCUCGUCCGCCUUGCGCUCACAGGGUUUUUGGUAAUCCUAGUACUGAUGUAAAGAUUUUCGAGACUGCUAGCAAUUGUUUUUUGUACGCUAUAAUCCAACUGCACCGUCACAACCUCUGGAAA